UCCCUUUUCCCUCAUUUUGGCCUUUACAAAGGAACCAUUAAUUAAACACUCCAUUUGGUAUUUGACAACUCUCUCUCUCUCGUGAGUUCACAGUAACUAAUAAUGCAAUCGAACAGUCUUUCAUGGCGGAUUUUCCGUGAAGUACGUACGGUGUUCCACAAGUAAAAGCAUCACUUUUUCCACAACUUCUGAAACCAUCAGCAUUAGAAACUGUAUUCUCGUCAACAAUGGCUUCUCUCGGAUUCCUCCAACAUAUGCUGCCAUCAAUAUUGAUAUUAGCAUCUCUUCACGCCUGCAUGGGAGACGCCACAGUUCCUUCACAGCUCAACAACGACGUUCUAGGCCUACUCGUCUUCAAAUCCGACAUCCAUGAUCCUUCCUCGUACCUCGCUUCAUGGAAUGAAGAUGAGAACUCCCCUUGUUCUUGGGAAUAUGUACAAUGCAAUCCAGCCACCGGAAGAGUCUCUCAGCUGUCACUCGAAGGCCUAGGCCUAAAGGGAAAAAUCGGAAAAGGGCUUCAGAACUUGCAAAAUUUGAAGGUACUUUCUUUGUCAAGCAACAAUUUCAGCGGAGACAUUAGUCCGGAGAAGCUUGCUCUGCCUCCGAAUCUCGAAAAGCUUAAUUUAAGCCACAACAGUUUAUCAGGAUUAAUUCCCACUAAUCUUUUCAACAUGAGCUCCAUCAAAUUUCUUGAUCUUUCCGAGAACUCACUCUCAGGGCCACUCCCUGAUAACCUGUUUGAUAACUGCUUUUCGCUUCGCUAUCUUUCGUUAUCUGGUAACUUGCUUGAAGGUCCUUUGCCUAGCACACUGCCUAGAUGCUCUUCUUUGAACAGUCUCAAUCUCUCAAACAACCAUUUCUCCGGUAACCCUGAUUUCGCUUCUGGGAUUUGGUCUUUGACAAGAUUGCGCACUCUAGAUCUUUCGAACAAUGCCUUUUCCGGGUAUGUGUCACAAGGGAUAUCAGCCGUACACAACUUGAAAGAGCUUCUGUUACAAAGCAAUCACUUUUCGGGAUCUUUGCCAGCGGAUAUAGGACUAUGUCCUCACUUAGAGAAGAUUGAUUUGAGCUAUAAUAUGUUCACUGAUGCAUUACAAGACUCACUUCAGAGGUUGAAUUCUUUGACAUUUUUCAGUCUGUCAGAUAACAUGUUCUCUGGUGAUUUCCCUCAGUGGAUUGGUAGCAUGAGCAGCCUCAAAUAUUUGGAUUUUUCGAACAAUGGCUUCACCGGAAGCCUCCCACCUUCAAUGAGUGACCUCAGAUCACUCAAUUAUUUGAGUUUGUCAAACAACAAACUUGUUGGUACUAUUCCAACUUCUCUUGCUUACUGCAAUGAUUUGUCGGUGAUUCGGUUGAGGGGUAACACUUUCACUGGAAGCAUACCAGAGGGCUUGUUUAAUCUGGGGUUGGAGGAAAUUGACUUCUCCCACAUGGGACUUACAGGUUCUAUUCCUCCGGGUUCCAGCAAACUCUUCGAAUCUUUAAGGAUGUUGGAUUUGUCAAGCAACAAUCUCAAAGGAAAUAUUCCGGCAGAAGUGGGACUUUUCUCCAACUUGAGGUACUUGAAUUUGUCAUGGAACAACCUUCAGUCAAGGAUGCCUCCAGAGCUCGGCUUCUUUCAGAACUUAACGGUGCUAGAUCUUCGAAACAGCGCCUUGUUCGGUUCUAUCCCAGAGGAUGUAUGUGAUUCAGCAAGCCUGGCAAUUCUCCAAUUGGAUGGAAACUCGUUGACUGGCUCAAUUCCUGAUGAAAUUGGCAACUGCUCAUCUCUCUAUUUGAUGAGCUUGUCACAUAACAAUUUAAGUGGUACUAUUCCGAAAUCCAUUUCGAAGCUAAAUAAGCUCAAGAUUCUUAAAUUGGAGUUCAAUGAGUUGAGUGGAGAGAUACCCCAAGAACUUGGAAAACUAGAAAAUCUACUUGCUGUGAACAUAUCAUAUAACAGGUUGGUAGGGAGGCUUCCUGCUGGGAGCGUAUUUCAGAGCUUGGAUCAAACUGCGCUGCAAGGAAAUCUGGGAAUUUGCUCACCAUUGUUAAAGGGACCAUGUACGAUGAAUGUGCCUAAGCCUCUUGUUCUAGAUCCAACUGCGUACAACAACCAAAUGGGCGGUCAUAGACACCAUAACAAAUCUGCAACAUCCACAAAAGACCAGCGCCGCACCUUCCUUAGCUUAUCUGCCAUUGUGGCAAUUUCAGCAGCCAGCCUGAUUGUUUUGGGAGUGAUUGUUAUUAGUCUUCUGAAUGCAUCCGCAAGGAGGAGGCCUGCAUUUGUGGAAACUGCCUUGGAGAGCAUGUGUUCAAGCUCUUCACGUUCAGGUAGUUUGGCAUCGGGGAAGCUCAUUCUCUUCGACUCAAGGUCAUCCCCGGAAUGGAUUAGCAGUCCUGAAUCCCUACUCAACAAGGCCUCAGAGAUCGGCGAGGGAGUCUUUGGAACAGUUUACAAAAUUCCACUUGGAGCUCAAGGAAGAGUAGUUGCUAUCAAGAGGUUGGUCACAUCAAAUAUAAUCCAGUGCCUUGAAGAUUUUGAUAGAGAGGUUAGAAUUCUGGGGAAAGCAAGACACCCGAAUCUAAUCGCUCUAAAAGGGUACUAUUGGACUCCACAGAUGCAGCUGUUGGUAACAGAGUUUGCCACCAAUGGCAGCCUUCAAUCCAAACUCCAUGAAAGACCUCAUUCAAGUCCACCUCUUUCAUGGGCUAAUAGGUUCAAAAUCUUGCUUGGAACAGCAAAGGGACUUGCUCAAUUGCACCACUCAUACCGCCCGCCAAUCAUCCACUACAACAUCAAACCUAGUAACAUCUUGCUCGAUGAGAGUUACAACGCGAAAAUAUCAGACUUUGCACUGGCAAGGCUCCUGACAAAGAUAGACCAGCAUGUAGUGAGUAACAGAUUUCAGAGUGCACUAGGUUAUGUGGCGCCGGAACUGGCAUGCCAGAGCUUAAGGGUGAAUGAAAAAUGUGAUGUGUAUGGUUUCGGCGUGUUGAUUCUUGAGAUCGUGACUGGGAGGAGACCUGUGGAGUAUGGGGAGGACAAUGUGGUAAUACUGAAUGACCAUGUUAGGGUUUUGCUUGAGCAAGGGAAUGCGUUGGGGUGCAUUGAUGUUAGCAUGGGGUAUUACCCAGAGGAUGAAGUCCUACCAGUGCUUAAGUUGGCUUUGGUUUGCACCUCACAGAUUCCAUCCUGCAGGCCUACCAUGGCAGAAGUUGUUCAAAUUAUGCAGAUUAUCAAGACCCCAAUUCCACAAACAAUGGAGGCUUACUGAUUCGAACACGGGACGCAUGGGUAGAAACCUCACAUCCUAUCCACUAGGAUAUUGGACCAUAUGCAAUGUUUGUUUUUUCUAUGUAUUUAAUCAGUUUUUUCUAAGCUUGAAUUGAUAUUCCAUAUGUUUUCAAUGUGAAUGGUUAGUGUCGUUGCAAUGUGAAUUUUUAAAAUCGGUUUAGGAAUC